UGUUUUGCUCUCUCCUUUCUUGUAGUGAAUCUAGUGCGCUGUGCGCUACUUGUUGCCUAGCUGCGUGCUUCGGUGUAGUAUAACAUCGGCUCUCCCGGUUCUUCGCUCUUCGGUGAUCGGGUCGCGCGUCACAUAAGUAAUCCAAAGUCGUUUCGCAUGGAGUGAUUUCCAGCACUCCGCAUCAACCCCUUAGGUACUACUACCAUCCAUCUUUCCCACAGCGAGCGAGGGGACUCGACGCUUGUUUCGACUCAAAAGCUCUACCCACCUUUCUGGCAGCGUCUCUCCGCCGUCAUCACCCCACCGUGCCAGAUUUCCUCUUUGAGAAUUCUCAAAAAACAGCAAUCCUUCAGCUUUUCUGGCGCCUCAGAAACCGAAUUCUCAAAAACCAACUCUCCGCCGCCAUCACCGCACCGUGCCACAUGGCGAGCAUCGUCGUCAUAACAACGCAGGACGACGCGGCGCACGCGUUUCCGGAGUCCGCCAUCGACGACCGCCUCCUCAUCCCGGGCCUCCCCAACGAGAUCGCCAUCCGCUGCCUCGCGCGCGUCCCCUACAUGCGCCGCCUCCCCCUCGGGCUCGUCUGCAAAUCAUGGCGCGACGCGUUUCGCGGCGGGACGAUCUACAACAUCCGGCAGCGCGAGGGGAUUCUAGAAGAGCUCCUGUGCGUCUCGUUCCUCGACAAGGCGCACGGGCGGCUCGUUCUUAAAAUCCUCGACGAGGCUUCGCGGAAAUGGGCGCCGCUUUCGUCGGAGUACCGGCAUACCAAGUGCAAGGUGCGCAGCUUCCACUGCCGCGCGUUCCGCCACAAGGUGUUCGUGUUCACGCGCGACGAGUGGGCUUUAAUUAAGAACAGCAACCUCGCCAUGCUCGGCAUCACGCGCGCGGGCGCCGGAGGGGGGGAAGAGGAGGCUCGCGGAGGGGGAGUUGGGGGACGCGAGGGAGGUGAGGGAGAAGCAGUGGGUGCGGUAGGGGGACAAGGAGGAGGCGACGGGAGAGGGGGGGAAGUGGGAAGAGGAGAGGGGGAAAGGGGAAGGGGAGCUGACGGGGGGGGAGAAAGGGGAGUUGCGGGUGCUGCUGCUGAAGCUGAUCCUACGGCGGGUGGGCGGGGGUUUGGUGGCGGGGGUGGAGGGUUUGAAGUGUCGAACGUGGUUACAUGUUACGGGCGGUUUUACACGCUGGAUCACAACUUCAUACACGAGUAUAACCUGGAGAUGAAGCAGUGGGAGCGAGCCGUGCAGCUGCCCUCUCGCCACAGGUGGGCCGGAACCUUCCGCCAGUGCUACUUCCUCGUGUCCCUGGACGGGAAGCUGUGUGUGAUUGACACGUGGCAGGAGAAGUGGCUAUGGAUGACGGGGAAGGUGAAGGCGAAUGCGAGCUUUUUGGAGUUCCCUGAGGAGGCAGCUGAGGGAAGGGUAGGAGAGGGUUUGUUAGGCAGCAGGAGGGGUGUUGAUGACACAAGUUUGGGGUUGAGACGGGUUGCCAGAUGUAGGUCUGCAAGUGGGCUGAGAUACAGCUGGAGCAGAGUGCACAUGCCAGUGGAGACAGAGGGGAGGGAACUGGCAGGCUAUGCUGUGUUUCAAGUAUAAGGGGGUGCAUGAAUCAUGGGACGUCAAGCUUUGAUGCAAUUCAGUUGGGUUCCUUCAGUAGGCUGGUUAGAAGGGCUUGGGCAUCACAUUAUGGCACAUUGGGUUUGGGAUCACUUUACCUUGCAUCCUAAUGUCUCCAUAACAUGGCAU